AUGGGAAGCGACCUUUCAGUUGUAAUGCGGACCCGGGCUCCAGUACCUCAAGUCGUCCACGAGGCACGGGAGCAGAGACAGAGUUUAGCUUGUGAUGUGGAGGAGAGCGGUGUGUUGCCGAUGUUGUACACCGAGUUUCGUCUCGUGUGUGGAGAGAUCUUCAACCCGGCGAAGCUGGUAGAAGUUCCAAAAGGGACAUCAUCACCGCCUUCCGUAGAGCUCCUUGUAGAAGACACCACGCCUCAAACCCUCAGUUUACUUACUCUCGAGAAUGCGGCGCUGUUUCCUCACUUGCAUGAUGCACUGCGCUGCAAACAGUGUCUAGGGCGGAUCGGCCUUGUUGUAGAUCCCUCCGUUUGCAUUGGCAGGCGCUUGUAUGCUGCGGAGCAGCGACACAUAUUUACACAAAGCUUCUCCAUAUUUUUGUCCAAACUUGUCCUUGCAAUGAAGCACGUUGCUCCCAGUUGCCAAGAAAGCUGGGUUCAGGCUGGAGAACGUGAGUCGCCGCUAGUCGGUGAUCUUGUUAGCACUCGACAAAACUCACCAGCGAGGCAAAACUCAUCUGUACCGCAAAAACUUUUCCUUUUGCAGCUUGAACAAAGUUUACUGGAUGAUGUGAGUGGGCCCUGGCUUGUGCGCGAGGUUGUCGACCACAUGGGUCGUGUGCUGCACUAUCAUUCAGCUGUCUCGCUUUUUUGGGGUCUGAGCACCCCGCCUCUCAGUCUGCCCAGGAAUAUUCCGGAGACGCCCAUGUCAGGGGACGCGUCGAGCUCCAGUCGCGCACUGACUCGUGAUCUUGCUUGCCGUGAGAGCAAUGAAAUUUCGAUGCCAGGCUCUGACGCAGCGCAACUUGGAUUUUGCAGGUCACUUCAACACGUGCUUCUUGCUCAGAACAACAUGUCCCAAAUGGGACUGCGCAAGUGCCUUCUGGAACUUUUCAACAUUCAUGAGCAGCAACAUGGAUCAUCUGUACGAUUUCUUAAGAUGAUCGAUGUAAGAGAAAACGAAGAAUCUGAGGCAACGCAACGAUUUGUUUCCGAAUUGUCAUUGCGUUCUGGUGUACAGAUUGUAAUAGGGGAUAGUGGUAAACGGUGGCGCCACCAAGCACCUUAUUGGGUCAAGAAGGCCCUUCCCUACGACAGCCUUGGAGCCGUGAGUAUGAUGCACUCCCUCACACAAGGCACACCGUACUUUAAUAUUGCUGGUCACCCCGAAGUCAAUCAAGGUGGAAAUGUGCAGUUGACCUCUCUCUCUUGUGUGCAGAGGGAUCAGUUACGAUCGCCAAAACAAAUGGACCUGCAUUUGGUGGGAAACAAAAGUGACGCUACCUUUAUGAGGUCGCCCUCAGAGAGUGAGCGCAAGAGAGCAUUUAAGCCUCACAAUGAGGGGCGCCAUAAUAAAGAAUCAACAACGUUAAAUGCAGAUUCUGAUGUCGCUGCUGCCGCGUUGGAGACAAAAGGCGGAGAUAUGGGAAUGAAAACAUUGAACAAUAUAUCUUUGGAGUCGUUUUCGUUGAUUGAGGGGGAAUUGGAUGAGGAACGAAUGGAGUCAUUCCGUUUGGACGCGGCGGGUGAGGCGGAAGCUGGAACCGCAGAUGAGAAGGAACUGCUGGAUAUUAAUGCAGGUUUGCUCUCGGAUUCUCCUGCCGCCGUUCGGCGCAAGAAACAAGGCCAGGACGCCGAUUCACGGAACGCAACAGCUACCACGCAUGGGGUCAAGGGUAUUUCAGCCAAGGGCAUUGCUGCUGUCUUGACAACAUGGGCACCAUUAAAGCCGGAAUCCCCUGUCUCUUCGUCUUACAUUGUGGGGAAGGAAGAAAGCCCUGUGAAAGCAAAGUCGGCAGCAGCACCUCCUUCCCAACCGAAAAAAGGAGUGCGCGCUAUCUCGCAUUAUGUGUCACCCGCCACACAAGGUCGGAAAUCGUUUUGUGCCCCCAAGCGUUCCCAACAACAACGUCGCGAUACCGCCGUGAGCAAGGAGAAGUUCUUUGAUGCCCGCCGUCACCAACGUCCCAGUACUCAUUCACCGCCCACAGCAAAUAAGAUCACUUCUGGAAAACGGGGUGGUGUGCCAAGUACGUUACCAGCAAAAGGGAAGAAAACAGCCGGAGUGCGGUGUCAUAGUGAAAUAUCCACCCCCGAAGAAUGA